GCUUUCUUUCGUGUUCACAGCGUGCACCGGUAGACGGGCGGAGCGGCCCGACCGGGCGAAGGAGCUGUGUGAAGCCGAGGUGUCCUCCAUGGACGCGGAUGCCAUAGACGCUUCAGCCGAUGUUGCUCAGGAGCGCGAUGGGAGAUGUGAAGUGAAUCUCACGUCGAUCGCUGUAGAGGAUGGCAAGAGCGUUUGCACCAAACGAACAGUGAGUGCGUUGAUCUUGCCGCCACAACGCCAGGAUAGUGUUACUAGCAUUCAUAGCAUUAUGGAGGUGGUCCGCGAGCGAGUGGGCGCCUUACAAGGCACCAUCGCAGGAGGUUUGCUGAAUGCAUCGGAGGCAGACGACUGGAAGUGGAGAGGUUCGCCAAAGACGACACACUUCUCGCAGGAGGCGCCUUCCUUUUUCACGCCGAGCCCUUCUCGAGUUGUAUCUCCACAAAUGGAAUCGCCCAAAAGAAUGCAUACUGCCAAAAGCACACCAGCCAGCCGCUUCAAUAGGAACCGCGAGGCCGAUCGAAGUGAGGAGCAGAAUCCCUUCAGAGUUGGUGUUCCUUUUCGAUGUGCCGUGAUGUGUCCUACCGUGAUCAUGCUGGUGGCCUUCAUUUUAGUUUUUGUUCCUUUGGCCUUAUUCUCAUUGGAUGCCCAGAAGGCCACUUUCCGGAACUAUGCCCACUCUGUCGCCACACAGAAAGAGCUGAUUGGCAGCAUUGUGUUGAAUGCGACGCAGUGGGUUCUGCUGGAGGCCUCAAAGUCAGUGGAGCAGGCUGUCUUUGUGGGUAUCGUGGAGCCACCAGAUCGCGCUGUAGACACGCUCACUGGCGCCAUCCGCAUGUCUCGCAGCCGUGAUGGCUGGGAUUUUACUUCCGCCCUACAGCGACGAGGGCUUGCUCAUCGUGCGUGGGAGGAGCUGAACAACCAAUGGACCUGCACUCAACUGAACAACAACCUCUGCUCUGGGCGCGCGCUAAGCCUUUACGCUGCCCUGGAUGAAGAGGAGCUCAUGGGUGCGGCCUUCAGACCGAGCUACUGGGAAGGCACGUUGGCCAAGGAAGCUCCAUUCUUGCUGGAUGCACCGGCGAGAAGAGGAAACUCCACGGUGCUCUCUGUCUAUGAGGCAAAUGCGCAGCAUGGUGCGCGUGGCAAAUUCUUUGUUUCCAGGCCAAUUAGGCCUACCCAGAUGCCCUUCUACUUGACACAGAUGAAAUUGGCUCACAAGUCAAUGUUGGCAAGUGCCACUAAUGAUCCAAGCAAGGGCGAGGGGAAGCUGAAAAAGAUGUGGUCUCCGGUCUACCUCUUCCAUCCGUGGUGGGAAGGUGAGAACGCCAAGACUGGAGGGCAACUUGCGCUCUCCUGGACCACUCCGCUGGCGAUUUGCGGAAACUAUUCCUGUGUAGAUGGAGUGGUGGCCGCAGAUACCACUCUGAAUCUCGUGAGCUACGAACUUGCCUUGGCCUGGUUUGGGCUACGAAGCAACCUUCGCGGAGCGCCGUGGAAUUUUGAGCUUUCGAGUCAAAACUCCAGCAUUUUCAUCGUGAAGCAGUUGGCGCCCAUGUUUCCAGAUCAGGAGGGCUUGCUGAUUGGUGCAUCGGACUUCAGCUCAGCAUUGGUGGAAGGGCAAUUAGUCCAUGCUUCAGAGUCGCCCUCCAAGAUCGUAUCAGCCACUGCGAAGGCAGUGCUGCAUCGCUUUGGUGCGUGGAAUGCCACGGAACUCACCAGGAGGGGAAAGGACCAAUCCUUCCACUUCUCCUUAAGGGAUGCGCAGGAGGGACGCUGGACAGAGUGUCAUCCUUUGGUAGACACCAAGGGAAAGCCCGAAGACAGAGACUGGGAAGUCAACUGCUUCCAGGCAACGACUCACACCAUUUUCUUGGAUGACUCCUUGCAAUGGCUAGUUGUGGCUUCACUGCCUGCAGCUGCUUUCAGCAAGUUUUACGUGGAUGAGGCCAUAGCUGUGGAAAUGCAGGUGAAGACUGAGCAGAUGGAGGCGCACCAAAAGCAGAGGGACACUCUGAUUGAGUGCGGCUUUUUGGGCAUUUUGGCUGCGGCCAUGGUUUUGGUCAUGGGUCUUGUCACAAGCAUUUUGGUCUUGAGACCGCUCAGUCGCCUCAGCUUGUUGAUGCGCAGGCUCACCCAGCUGGACUUUGCUCAUGACUCCGUGGAGUACCGAAAGAUGCAAGAUGGCCAAGCUGGGCGAAUCCUGGAAAUUAAUGAGCUGUCUCAUGGCUUUUGCCGCCUCUCGCACUCCAUUGAGACCUUCGCCCGCUUUGUUCCUGACUCGGUGGUGCGUCGACUCAUCAGUGGUGAUCCGAAGGCCUCACGCCUGCAUGUGUCGCGGAAAGAGGUUUCUAUCAUGUUCUCCGACGUGCGUGAUUUUACCAGCAUCUCUGAAGAGCUGGUGCAAGACGACCUCAUUCUGCUCCUGACGGUGUAUCUCUCAGUGAUGACGCGCAUCAUUGAGUCCUUUGAAGGGGUUGUGGGCGAAAUCCUCGGCGAUGGGAUUCUGGCCUUUUGGAACACUCCAGACGAUGUGGAAGAUCAUGCGGCAAAAGCUUGCGCAGCUGCCCUUUCUCAGCAGCAGGCAUUGGGCCCUUUGAACGAAGAGUUUCAAAAGCUGGGCUUGCCGCCUUUGGCCAUCCGCAUCGGCAUUCACACUGGGGAAGUGCUCACUGGGAACAUCGGAUGCCUCUCGGGCAAGAUGAAGUUUGGCUGUAUGGGUGAUCCCGUGAAUCUCGCUAGCCGCUUGGAAGGCCUUUGCAAGACCUAUGGUGUCGGGGUGCUGUGCUCUGCAGCUACAAAGGAUCGUUUGCCACCAGGUGAUGGCUUCGUUUGCCGAAAGCUGGACCUCGUGCAAGUGAAGGGCAAGAAGGAACCUACGGUAAUAUACGAGGUGAUUGGCCGAGACUUGCGUGGCAGCAAGGCAGGCGACAAGCUACCCAUCAACACCAAGCAGCCCAUCCUUCCUGUGAGCAGGCCCACGCUCUUGUCGGGUCCAUGCGUUUCUCCCAGAAAGCUCAGGCAUAAGAUUGGCACCACUCCAGAUGUCAUGGCUUGGGAGCCAGUCCCAGUGAACCGCAUCACGCAGGCACAGCUGUAUGAAGAAGCCUGGACUGCCUAUGCGAAGCGAGACUUCUCAGAGGCCGUACAUUUGGCCAGUCAACUGCUGGAGGAGCGUCCUGAGGAUGUCGCAGCUCAACGUCUUCUGAAGCGCUCUGCAAGUAUGGCUUUGAAGGCUGAAGGUGCCGACCCCGAAAAGAUGCAGGAAUUGGCAGAAUGGACUGCUGUAGCCACAAUGACGGACAAAUGAUUUGCGAAUAUCUGCGAAUAUCUGCGCACCUGUCGCAGCAACGCAACAAGUGCAGAGCAAGAAUGACCGCGGUUCAGGUUGAUCAGGCUUUGGUCAACACCACUUUGUC